CUUUCCCAGGAUUUUUCCGAAAGGAGGCAAAAGGCAAAAGGCGUUUUGCACCAUUUAAGACAAAUGAAACAGGGAAGAAGUUGUUGGUGAUUUUUGUACUUCUUGAAAAAGAAUAUAAAAAAACUCCAAGCGGAGAAGAGGAAAUGUCUCUCAUGCUGGCUGGCCUGGGAAAACGUUCGCUGACUAUAUGUGAAAACAUGACCCAUUCAGAGUUUUCAGAUUUGCUGCUUAGUACAUAUCCAAGACUGGCAAACAUCUGUGGUGGCUGGAUGCUGCACAAGUCCACAGGUGGGAGUGGGCGGCGGAGCUUGGUCGUCAUACCGCCAGAUCUGAAUGGAUACACUGGCCAACAGCUAAAAGCUGUCAGUGGGAAUGGGAAAUAUACUUUGUACAUUUCUCCUUUACAAGAAGAGCUGGAUAAAAUCCCAUUACCACCCGAGGCAAAGGAGUUUCAGGACAUGCCCAAAGCCCAGUGCACAAUCUGCCAAAAAUGUUUUCCACUUCAGAUUCUUCCUGUGCACGUCAAGCAAUGCAAGACAGAACUGGUAGAUUUGUGCUGUUCUGUUGAAGAGGAAAGCUGCAACGAAGAACAUGAAUUCCCAGAUUUCAUGUGCAACCAGACAGACAAGGUGAAAUUGUUUGUGCUUUCCUGCAAAGCAUUUGAAGUGGACAUAAUUGAGAUCCAUGCAGCCAGAUGCGGAUUACGACCUUCAGAUAAUGAUGGCCAUGCAUCAAGUGGAUCGGUCAGUCAGAUCAGUACCUUUCAAAGUUCUGAGGAAAUCUUGGAUUGGAUCGCUUGUCAAGUGAAUGAAACAAACACAUUUUCCAUCUGUGUGUCGCGAACUGACCUCUUCAGCAGAGGCAUGCAACAGUGGCAACGGCAGAAGAAGACAUCUCCCAAAUGUAGACUUAAAGUCACAUUCUUUGGCGAGGCAGGCAUCGAUACUGGUGCCCUUAGCAAAGAAUUCCUCACAGAAAUGGUGGCAGAGAUCGAAAACAGACUCUUUGUUGGAGGGCCAGAUAAGAAAGGGAAGAAUCCUGUGUAUUGUCUCAACAGUUUGGAUUCUAACUACUUCAGGAGUGCAGGAGAGGUCAUGGCAGCUAGCCUGGCACAAGGCGGACCUUGCCCUAACUUAAUGCGCGAGUGGUGCUUUAGAUAUCUCUGCUCCGGUGACUCUGAUAGCAUACAAGUGUCUGCCAGUGAUGUAACAGAUUUUGAACUGUCAGAGCUUAUUGAGAGGAUAAACAGCGCCGGUAAUGACAACAUCAGUGAUUUAGCUGACCAUAUUGUGACCUGCGGAUACACUGGAAUCGUGUCUAUGGGGAAAAAAGACAGCAUGAUAAGAACUGUUGUACUUCACUCCACCAUGAGAGUCAUCCCGAUGCUAGACCAGCUGAGAAAAGGCCUGCAGCUGUAUGACCUACCAAAGGUCAUGAAGACCCAUCAAGACCUCUGCCUACCACUGUUUGUUCCAGGGGAAGAUGAUAAGGCGGAUGCAGCCUUCCUUCUGGAGAGGAGCCGCCCCGUCUUCAGUGAGAUGGGUACGGCCAAGCACCAAAAGGAAGUAAUGAUAAUGAACUUUUUCCAGGACUACCUUCAAGAACUUGAGGAUUCUGAACAAGAACAAGAAGGGGGCCCCAGCAACAGCAGUGUUGCUCCCGAAAGCUUGAAUGUAGGACGUGUCAUGCAAUGGAUGACAGGACAGCGGCACAAGCCUGUUCUGCCCAGCGACAAGAGGGACUUUGUCGUCAAUAUAAAAUUCUGCCAUGACUGUGACACGCAACACACGGUUUGCUUUCCCACUGUAAGCGCCUGCAGUCGCACGGUCACUUUCCCCUCAGCUCACCUGGGAACGUACAGUGAGUUCAAAAACAUUGUGACGCUAGCCAUAUGCCACGGGCAAACGUUUGACAGAGUGUAACCUUCCUGUUUCAGUCAACUUUUUAGUUUUUCAUGGCUACAAAACCAUUGCUAUUCUGUUGGUGCAUGUUACUCUUCAAAAACUUGACUCGCAAACAAAAAAAAAUACUGUGGGCAUUCUGAACAGUCAAACUUUUUAUUCUGUAAUGGAAAUUUCUUUUUUCAAUAAACAUGUGUGGGACUCCUGUCUCAUAUAAAAUUGAA